ACGCGUCUCCGGAAAAGCCAGAACGCCACAGCUGCACCGAUUUGAUUUACCUGCAAGCCGUAUUUCCACAUUUGUAUUUGGUUUUCCAAGGGACAGGCGAUAUUUUCCAGAUAUAAUGGACACUCUAAAGGGCAUAUUAAAGGCGUACGAGGCUUGGGUGGCCAAAAACCCGGAUGUAGUGGGCGAUUUCGAGACCACCGCCAAGUGGGUUUCCUACUUUAUAGCAGGUCGCAUAUCGUCCUCGAAUGUGCUGAGCGAAUUGGUCUACACACUGUCCAACAUGCUGGUGUUCUAUAACGAUCGGAUCAUCGAACGAGCACGCAGUGCCCGGGACAAUUCGGUGAUCCAGCUGCAAUCGAAACUUUGCUACCGUCUAAAGGUCACGCUGACGACACUCGAAUAUAGCGAGGUUUUCAUCGAGAUAUCGGCUCGCCGGCUAUUCGGUCAAUCCGGCAAGUGGCUGGUGAUAGCGCUAAUACAGGCCUUCAAGGCGGCGGGGCGUUUCUUUAUCUUGAAACACUCGACAUCGGAUAUAAUCACGUCGCCGCCCAUCGCCUCACUAAAUCGAAGGGCUUUGGGUAAGCAGCGCAAAGCUUCAGGCGAUGAUGUGCCUUCCAGCAGCGAUACGCUGCAGUCCCAGCACUCCAUCACCUUCCAAUUAAAGCGAUCUGGCCGUGUAAUCCGCAAAGUAGAGGGGGCACCGCCACUGCAAUACCGAGAUUUUAAGCUCCACAUAGACAACAAUGAGGCGGUCAAGACGCAGAUCCCACGGAAACUACUUCAAGCCGAGUACCUGUAUAUAUCAAAGCCCCUUAUCCACUUGGUAGCCAUGGGUUUGUUUGGUCGGAGAAGCUGGAAGCAGUACAUGGUGGCCCUAUCCAUAGAUCUCUACAGCAUCCAUCUGUACCGCCAGCACCGCGAUCUCAUGUCUAAGCAACAAAAACUGGAGCUGAGUAGGCGAUGCAUCAACAUUCUGUACUUCCUCGUUAGGUCACCGUUUUACGACCGUUUCACCAAAACCAGACUGGAGCGAAUCCUCGACUUUGUGGCGACUAGUGUGCCUAUUGCGAAGGUGGUGGCCGGACCCCUAAAAGAUUACAUUCCCACGUGGCAAAGCACUUACUUCUACCUCUGGUCCACUUAGGCAAUUCAGAGAAAGUACGAAAGUAUUUCCCAUAGGCUAAGUUUUAAAGUUACAGGUGUGGAUGCAUUGGGUGUGAACAGGGUUUGGGCUGAUUUUCGGUCUUUGCGAGUUGUAGGAGCGGAAAGUAAAUCCCUGAACGAUGUAAAAUAAAGGCGAUACAAAUUGAAAUUAUUUUUUCUGCACAAAAAAUAUUGAUAUAAAUUAUAUUUAAUGUUUAAAUAGUAGAGUCAUGAUAAAGCUGCCAAGAUAAAAUAAUAAAUCGCUUAGGUGUAUAGAGCUAGA